UUUAGCACAAAGCUAGUGUGAGUCUCUCACUGUGACACAGGAAUGUCCUUCUCUGGCUGCUCGGAUGCUCACGGGUAAUACAUCCACAAUCAGACAUUUGGACAACUGUGGACUACAAGCUCAGGAGUGGAUGACGACAUUCGGUUCAUCGGCAAGCCCUGAGCUGGCUGAUCUCAGAGCAGAGACGAGACCUCGUUCAGGGUGAAUGUGAAGGAGCCUUGGAGAGCUGCGGCCUGAAGGCAUUUCAAUUUCUGAGAUGUCACUCAAACGAGCAGACGGGAUGUCCCUCGCCCAGGCUCUGGCCAUGACUGUAGCAGAGAUACCAGUGUUUCUCUAUUCCACAUUUGGGCAGUCCAUAUUUUCGCAGCUAAAGCUUACCCCAAGCUUGAAGAAGGUGCUGUUUGCCACAGCACUGGGCAGUGUAGCUCUGGCUCUCACUGCCCAUCAGCUGAAAAGGCGGGGGAGAAAAAGGAAGCAGGUAACACAAGGGAAGGAGGGCCAGAAGACAGUGGGAAUACCUGAGGCACUGAUGAAGACGGGAAGACCCUCGUCAUUAAAGAGAGGCCAGUUUCCUGGCCGACAGAUGAUGAGUCCCAGCACUCGGAGCAAUGACACCAUGAGUGGAAUUUCUUCCCUGGGCCCCAGUAAACACUCGAGUUCCUCACACAGCCUGGCAUCUAUGCGGGUCCCAAGCUCUCCAAAUCAGUCCGCCAAUCCAUCCACCCCCUGGGAAGCAGAGCCUGUGGUGGAAGAGUCAGGGGCAAUAGAAGAUGCAAACGCAGAGAAUCUCUAUAUAAUGGGGAUGGAGCUGUUUGAGGAAGCUCUACGAAAGUGGGAACAGGCCCUGAACAUUCGCCAUCACCCCAGCUCGACCUCCAGCAACAACAGCCUCGCUCUGCAGGGGGCAGCGUGCGGAGACUUUCCUUUGGGUGAAACCCGUAAUCAAGUGUUUGCUGAGAAGUUGGAGACACUACUGCAUAGGGCUUACCACCUACAAGAGGACUUUGGCAGCAGUAUCCCGACAGACAGCGUGCUGGCAGAUUUUGUCAGAGUUUGUGGUGUUCCUUUGGCAGAGAGUGAAGGAACUCUUAUCUUGCCUCAAGUGGAGAGUUACCACAGACUGCAAGAUGAUGAUGCGACUACUGUUACCUCCGACGACUCCUUCUUCUCGGCUGCAGAGCUGUUUGAUGCCAUGUCUCUAGAAGACGGAUACCAGCCGCUUAAGCCAGCAGCUCUCUAUGAAGAAGCCUUGGCUCUGGUCCGGGAGGGCAAAGUGUCCUAUAGGUCCCUGAGGACUGAAUUACUUGAAUGUUAUGGUGACCAAGACUUCCUUGCCAAGCUUCAAUGUGUGAGAACAGCAUUCCAGCUCCUGUUGCUAGAUGAAACUCACCGCACAUUCUUCAUGGAGACUGGGAAGCAGAUGAUUGCAGGGUUAAUGGUGAAGGCAAACAAGAGUCCCAAAGGCUUCCUGGAGAGCUAUGAGGACAUGCUGCUUUACACUAAGAGAGAGGAAACGUGGCCCGUCACUAAGAUGGAGCUGGAGGGCCGAGGGGUGGUGUGUAUGAACUUUUUCGACAUUGUGUUGGACUUCAUCCUGAUGGACGCGUUUGAAGACCUGGAGGGCCCUCCCUCCUCUGUGGUAGCUGUGUUGAGGAACCGCUGGCUCUCUGACAGCUUUAAAGAGACGGCUCUGGCAACUGCUUGCUGGUCUGUCCUAAAAGCGAAAAGGCGUCUUCUCAUGGUUCCUGAUGGUUUCAUCUCCCACUUCUAUGCCAUAUCAGAGCAUGUGAGCCCAGUUUUAGCUUUUGGGUUUUUGGGACCCAGGCAGCACUUAAGUGAAGUGUGCACUAUUUUCAAGCAACAAAUCGUGCAGUACCUGAAGGAUAUGUUCGACCAUGACAAGGUCCGCUUCACCUCUGCUCAGUGCUUGGCUGAGGACAUCCUGAACCUUUCCCACCGCCGGAGUGAGAUUUUACUGGGGUAUCUGGGAAUUAAUAACCUUCUGGAGCUCAACGGUGCCCUGCCCAGAGACACAGAGGGCUCGUCAGGGCCCAACUGAGACGACUAGGGUCACUGAGGGCUUCACUGGGCUUGUACUGUACAGGCCGAUGGCUGCGGGCUGACCGGUAGGGAACGGCAAGGACCCGCAGCUCAACACUCAUCCUGUAACUACAUUAAGACGGGGAUUGAAUCAUGCUCCUGUGAACCAGCAUCAUUCAUUCAUAUGUGUUCAUCAAACACAACUUAAUUUGAGAGAGGAUACAUUUUCACCUGAUCUACGGUUGGAUAAUAUGAUUCCAUCUCUCCCUUGUUAUCAGCUGCUGUGUUGCGUAUCAAGAAUGCCUACUGUAGUCAUGUAAUCGCCGACGUGUGAGGACUCGUCUCUGCCUUGUCUGGUGACAUGGAUACAAUGAAGACCGGGCCUUCUACACUUCACAUUACUCCACAUGGGUCGAGUCUCUUCAGAGAAUCAGUGGUUGCGUUGUGUAACCUUCCAUUCAUCUGACUUGUGACGAUCAUAGUCUUCAUUAUUAUGUGAAAAGAAAGUCUGUCGACCAAUGUGCGGUUUGUAUGUUUUAUAUUAAAGGGGGAAGGAUAUUUGUUUAAAAAAUUCCUGACAGGCUUGUGAUGAAGGACGUAAUGGAUUCGUCUCCUCACUGAUUGUUCUUGAAUCUAUUUGAUAUUUAUGAUAUCUAAUCCAAUUUGGUUUAAUUGAGCAGGCUAAGAUGUCACAUAUCCAAGAGACUGUGUUAAAUGCAAAAAUGACAUCAUGUCAAAUUAGUGAAGGGUAUUGACAUGUUCCUCAUAUAAGUAGAAGUUGAGUUAUUCCAAAGCGUUAUUUUGACCCACAGUCAAAGUGGACAUAGCGGUGAUCCAGCUAAGAUGCAAAUCGUUGUAAAGUUUUACUUUCUCUAAGUCAGUGGUUCCCAACCCGGGGUCCGGGCCCCCCUCGGGGGUGCGCCAGGAUUUGUCUGCUCUGAGGUUGUCAAAACUAGAUUUACUCAUACUCAAACUAAACUCAUUAUAACACACUUACUGGGUAAUUUAUACAAAAGUCUGUAUAUAAAACUACUGUUUUAGAGUGUUGUUAAGUCCAAAAGUAAAAAUUCAUUGAAAAAAAAGAUAGAUGUUAUCAUUUCCAAAAUUCACAACAUGUCAAAAUAUUCUGGUUCAAUCCAUAUUUGUUGGCAUUUAGCCUUUCAAAAACAACAUUUUUCACUGCAGUCUAAAAACGAUUUGCUCUAUCGCUUGCACCAUAAAUUACAUUUAUUUAACCACAAUAACAAAACAUCUAUUUUGGCUCUAACACUAUUAUAGUAAAUUAAUUAAGUUAAAAAAGUAGGGGGGCUUUAAGGAAAAUAGGUUGGGAACCACUGCUCUAAGUCACAAUGAUCCCUCAGAUUUGAUCUGGUAAUGCAUAACAUGAAUAUUAUCAGUUUUAAGUGCCACAAAAAGAAACUUCCCACUACAAUAAUAACACAAUACCAGGUGUGAAAACAUCUGUUUGAAUACCAUCACACAGACGAGUACCGCCAGAAAGCAAAUAUCUCGAACAGUGUAAUACACCAGUAAUCUCAGGGAGUCAUAAACAACAUUAUGACUUGAAAUCAAUAUUAGGAAAUGUAUCAUUUUGUGUCUAACAAGCUCUGGAUUUUUGUUCACAAUUAAUGUAUGUAUUAAUUGGUGGAGCCACUUGAAUUACUUCCAAAUAUGUGGACCUAAAUUGUACAAUUUGCUAAGCUUUAA